AUGUCGAAGCCAGUCAUUGAAGAGAGAAUCUACAUUGGGAACGUGGAUUUCUCCGCCACCGAGGAUGAGCUCAAGGACUUCUUCCAAGGUUUGCAGGUGGAGUCUGUGGAGAUCCCCACAAAGACGUUCACCAGGGGCAAGAAAACCGUCACAAGACGCCUAGGGUUUGGGUUUGUUCAAUUUGCCCUGAAGGAGGACGCCGACAAGGCGCUUGAGCAGUCCAACGGACAGACUUUCAAGACAAGAACGCUCUACCUGAGAAAAGCAUUGCCUCCAGCCACGCCUGAGGAGAAGAAAGAGAGAACCGAGGCGUUUUUGGCUAAGAAGGCAGCCAAGAGGGCUCAGGCAACCGAGAAGAAGAAGAAGCUGAAGGGCAAGAAGGAGAAGGCAGCCAGUGAUGAGAAUGAAGAGAAGGCUGAGAAGUCCGAGGCGGACGAGGCAGCCAAUGGUGACGCCGAGUCUAAGAAGCAAGACAAAACCAAGACUCCAGAAGGUACUCCUUCUGCAGACACUGUGUUCAUCACUAACUUGGACUACAAGGCGAACGUCAAGGUGUUGGACGCUGUGUUCAAGGACUUGGAGCCCAUGUGGAUCCAUGUGCCAACUAGAAGAGUGCCUCGCCACAUUCUCAAGCAAAUCAAGGCCAACCACAAGCCAGUGUACAAUAGAGGCAUAGCUUUUGUCAAGUUCAAGGAUCAAGAGACCCAGAAGCGUGCCAUCGAGGAGUACAACGGCAGAGAGGUGAACGGCAGACUGAUCAUCGUUGAGGCUGCUGUGGACAGACCCAAGUCGGAUGAGGACGAGGAGACUUCCUCGGGCUCCGACGCUGCUGAGAGUGGUAAAGCCGAGACCGAGGCUUAA